ACCCUAAAUCUCGCGACAAUCAGUCAGUAAUCGGGCGUCAACGGGCUCGGGCUAGGACGCGCGCGCGUCUCUCCCCAUCUUUCUCUCUCUCUCUUUCUCUAUCCAUCUCUCUUCAUCCCGUAUUUGCCUUUUUAAAAAAACUUGAGAGAGAGAGAGUAUGUGUGACACCCGAGUCUAUGGCUAACUAACGACCCCACUAUCGUUAACUGUCCAUGAAACACGUGCUGCUGCUACUGCUGCUGCCGCUGUUUUUUCUGCCGGUUUCCUUCUCUCGACAUCCUCCCCCCUCCCUCCCUCAAUCAACCCCUCUCUCUAUCCAAUCAAGCCAGUAAGUAACGCUUCGCGUGCGCACGUGGUUCCGCCGGCUUGUCUCGUCGCGGAUGACCUAAUCAUUGACAAUUAUGUUCUUGGUGAUCAGUGACGAUUUAUCAUCUGCUUUUCGAGCAGAUGAGAGAGGGUGUUGUUCCUCCUCCUGAGAGCCAUUUCUCGCUUUCUUUAGAUCCACUUGAUGGAAUGUACUCUCUGCCAUAUGUGAUUCUUUACCAGUGAUGUGGAAUUUUAAAAAGCAUUCUGAGAAGUGAUUUGUGAAUUGGUGAUUUUGAUUCUGGAUCUGGUUAUGUAUUGAAUCGAGGAGAAUCUAAUUAGUUGUAAUUCAAUUAAGAUUGGAUAUUUUCGGAAGAUUGCAGAUCAAUUAGAUUGUAGUUCGAUAUGGUAGAUUAUAGUUUAAGAUGCAUUAGAUUAGUUCAAGAUGCAUUAGAUUAGUUCAAGAAGCAUUGAAUAGUUCCAGUUGCAGUAAAUAGUUCAAGAAACAUGAAUAGUUCAAGAAGCAUUAAACAUUUAAAGAUACAUUAAAUAUUUAAAGAUACAUUAAAUAUUCUGUGCACUAAAAUAGUUCAAGAAUUAAAUAAUUCAAAAUGCAUUUUAUAGUUCAAGAUGCAUUAAAUAAUUCCAUAAGAAUUAAAUGAUUCUAAAAGAGUUAAAUAAUUCCAGAAGAAUUAAAUAACUUCAAAAAAAUUGAAUAUUUAGAAACAUUCAAUAUUUUAAGAUGCAUUAAAUGGUUCAGAAUUCAUUUAGAGAAUUAUUUUUGAGGAUAGAUUCAGAAGAUUAUUGUUCGGCAAACAUCAAAAAGGUUGUUGUUUCGAAAAUAUUCAGAAGACAAUAAGAAAAUUGUCGUACAGAAAAUAUUGAAAAGAGUGUUGUUUGGGACAAAUUUUUAAUGUUCAGAAUACAUUUAGAACAUCAUUAUUUAAAAUACAUUUAGAAGAUUAUUGUUUAAACUUCAACGAGAAGAUUUUUCAAGAUUUUUCAAGAUUUUUCAAGAGUUUCAAGAUACAUUCAGAAGAUUAAUUCAGGAUACAUUCAGGAGAAUUAGUUCAGGACACAUUGAGAAGAUUUGUUCAGAAUACAUUUGGAACAUUUGUUCAAGAUACAUGCGGAAGAUUUGUUCAGGAUACAUUCAGAUUAUUGAUGGAAACAUAUUGAGAUUAUUGAUGGGAAUAUAUUGAGAUGAUUAUGUCAAGGACAUAUCGGCAGGAUUUAUUACAUCAGUUGGACAACGCAUCAUUAGUGAUGGCACUUGUGCUGCGAUUUAUCUAAAAAUUGUUACAAUUGAUAAAAAGUUUUCGAUAUUAGUGGGGAUUUAUGAAAUAUUCAGUUAUCUUCUAAUUUCUUUUUCAUAAAGAUUGAAUUUAGAACGAGCAGCAAUCGACGUCGACCUUCCGAUUGGUUUUUGUAACUCCAAUAUCCGAUCAAUAUUGAAUAUCAACAGGACCUGGUAUUUCAACAGGUUCUAAAAACCCACUGGGAUUUAAUAUUCUAGCAGAGGCUGAUAAGAUAUUAAUACAGAGUGCUGUCAUAUCAACGGGAGCUGGGAACUUAACAAAAAAAGCGAAACAAGAAAGCUAAAUUAUUCCUCACUCUUGAGGAAUGUAGUUUUAUUGGAAAUCGGAAAUAUUCCCGAAUUGGUGAUUUUUUAAUGGAAUUAGUCAGUAUUAGUAGUAAUAGUUAGUAAUGACAAUUGUAAAACAAUAGUAAUAACAAAUUGGUUCAACAAUCGGUGCAAUAAUCGGUUCAACAAUCGAUUCAAUUAUCGCUUCAAUAAUUGGUGCAAUAAUCGGUUCAACAAUCCGUACAACAAUUUGUACAACAAUCAAGGUAAUUUAUUUUGAAUGAUCUUUUUUUGUCAAAAUAGUUGAGUGAUUCUCCUAAACAGAAUAGUACUAAUGUAUCAAGAGUGAUAUUGCAGAUCCGUUUACAUUGCAAACAAAGGAAAUGAAAUGUUUAGAAUUCAACAUGAGUAAUUCGUAACAAAGGGAAAAAUGAAUUUGAAAUAUUUAGGGGAAUGUGACAAAACGGAUCUUGAAAAGAUGUUUUCAGUUGAUUUCAAGAUUAAUAGCAGUCGUGAAAUGUACUUGUACUGUGUUGGAAGGUCGUGUGUAAACUCAAAAGAGAGUUGGGGAUAUUAACAAAAAGGAAAUGAGUGCAUCGUGUACAAAGUGUUGUGUUCAGAAAUGGACUUGAAGCCCCAAAGUGUUGUUAGUGACACCUGUUGACAAGAAAGUCGAGAGGGAUGUGCGUUCAUCGCGAUGGGAUAAGAAGGUGAUGAUGAGAAAUUUUUUCUCAAGUAUGUAUUUUAAUUAAUGAAAAGAGAGAAUAAAAUAACUACACGAUUUUAGUAAAAAUUUUUGAUAUAAAUUGUAGCGGAGAAUUGUAGAGAAAGAGAGAGAGAAAGGGAAUUAGAUUGAUCGAUCAGGAGCCCUAAAGUGGUUCGACAAACAAGUUGAGUUUGAGUACUUGGCAGACCUUUGUUCGUGAUAUUCAGCAUUUGAGCGUUAUUACAGAGAGAGAGACCCCCACCGCUUUUCUACUGCAAGAUUUAAUUAAGCUCGGCAGAUUCAGUGUCGCGGUCGGCCUCCUGGGAAUGGACCCACGAAGAUCCCUUAAAAAGCGAACUUACGAGGGGAAUUUCAUCCCUCGAUUUUGUCGAGAAAUUCAUAGGCGCGUCGUUUGGAAUGGCUUAUCAAUGAAAUUAAAUUACCACAGUAAGAGCAGAUUAAAUCAAUAGCGACCAGAACCGGGGUACACUAUAAUCGAGCCGUCGAUAAGUCGUCUCAGUUGAAUUAAUCGUGUAAACAUUAAACGCGCAAGCGUUUCGUGUGUUCGAUCUGAUAAAGUUAACCGAUCGAGAGCCACUUAAACCCAUCCAUUAAACUCAAACUGCACGUAGCUAGCUGGAGAUUUACUCUAGGCAAACCGUCCUACAAUUAUGUAGUAGGUGUACGAGAAAUAAUUUCGCUUCGGCUAACGGUGAACUCUAAAAUCGCCCCAGUUAGCCUCCCCCAAGAAAGUAAUAUCGCCGAUGUCCUCGUCGCAAGAUGGCAGAAACCGAUAAGCGUAAGACAAACGAUGACGAACCCAGUUCACCCCAAGAGACAAUAAUUUCCUGUGACAACAACAACGAGACAAAGACAAGUUCGCAAUUCUUAAAUAGCGAACGCACAAGGUGUGAAUUAACGGUUGACGGUUCAGUACCGGUUGACAACCCCGGCACCACCAUUAGGAUCGGUUCUUGGCACGAUCACGUGUACGCAACGCCGCCUCGAACCCCAACACCGCACCGAAUCAGCGAUAUUCUAGGUUGGAGUAGACCCUCAUCAGGAGCCACCAAAGGGCACAUCUCCAUAGGGAUGGGCUCCACUAAGCUACUGGCUCCGACCCCCAGGAGAUUUACCGGAAGUCCUUUAAUUCGCGCUCCACUGCCUAUUUAUUCGCCCUUGCCGGCUCACUCGCCAGCCUCAAUUCAAGGCAGUUUGACGUCUCCCCCAUGUACGCCGAGUCCUGCAUCUCCGCUCAUGUCACCCUCAUCAAUCGCCAGCAUUGGAAUAUCGUCGCCAAAAUUACAGUGCUCUGAACAAUUAUCGAGGCAAAGUGUUACGGCUUUUCAAUUGGCGAAUGCCAAUGACAAUACAUCGGCUAUUCAUCUUGAUGAGAUGAAUGACGAUAGGCCACUCAAUUUGACGACCACUUCACGAGUCAGAAGUCCAUCCACAUCGCCGAGCUCGUCUAUUCUCAGUGGACGCUCAGUGUACUCGAGGUCUUCACCUACCAUGUUCCGUGAGCCGCAGACCGAGCCCUACAUCCUCGGAGUUCACCGCAACCCACACCAUGGCUUGUCUCAUCAACCUUAUGUACAUAAUGGAAGGCAGAUUGUUGCUGACGUUGCUGCACCUGCCUCGUCUGGAAAAGGCAUCAGAUCCAGCGCUAAGGAGAGUACGAAGUUGACAUCAGUAAAGAGAAAACGAGUGGAAGUUAGUGCAAAAGAAACGUUGCCUUCGAUAAAAGCUGUGAGUGAAGUUAAUUCUGAGGAACGAGAGGACGCGGAGUCGGAUAGAAAAAAGAAGAAAGCAAGAACAACCUUCACGGGACGACAAAUAUUUGAGUUAGAAAAACAAUUUGAAAUCAAAAAGUACCUGAGCUCUUCCGAGCGAGCUGAUAUGGCGAAACUCCUCAACGUCACAGAAACACAGGUAAAAAUUUGGUUUCAAAAUCGUCGGACAAAAUGGAAAAAGCAAGAUAACAUUAGCAAUGCCGAGGCGGCGGAACAUAAAAAUCAGAAUAAUCCAAAGACAACGUCGGUUAAAUCGAAGCAUUCGUCGAUGAAAGAAGAAUCACUCAGGACGUCAGUUGAAUGCAGUUCGGAUUCAAAUAAUUCACUAUUAAUCAGUGAUGUAUCAGUGUCUGAUAGCGAUCCAGCCAAUCAAAGAUUAUCGUCGACAGUCUCAACUGGUCCAGAAAGAUCCAUGCAGUCAAUCUACAUAUCCAGGAAUUAUGAUUCGGAUCUUCAAUUAAUCGGUGACAAUCGUCUCAAAGACCAAACUGGUGUCCUGAAGGAGUACGACGUGAAACGAGAUCAAAAAAUUGGUUCACGUGAUUUGGUCGCAGGCAAAGGUGAAUCAAGAACAACAUCAACGACAGAAAUUAAAGAAUCAAUAAUUGAUGAUUCCGAUUAUGAGAAUUCAGAGAAAAAAGUGUUGACAAUAUUGAAGGGCGAGAGGGAAAAUUGUCCGACAAUUCACGAUUUGGAUAAUAAGAAUAUUAGUGGUCAUCAAUAUCAUCAUGGGAAUAAAAUUGAAAGGCUGGAGAAUAAAAUUGAGCCAGUUGAAUUUGCUGUUGCGCCGACAGUGGCACGUCUCGUAUUGUCCGACAAGGAGCCGGAAGUUGUUGAAAAUCAUGAAAGAGAUUUUGACGAAGAACCAUCUUCGCCGCAGUCUGCACUUGAAAUUGAUGAGAGAGAAGAGAGAGUUAUCAGUCCCGAGCUACCCAGCUAACUAGCAAUCUGAUUAGGAGUCACUCCUACUUUAUUAUAAUUAAAUAACAUAAGCGCGCAUAUUUUCAUAAUCAUUUUUUCCAUUCCUUCGUGUAGUGUAAUAUAAAAAAAAAUAUAUUAUUAAGAUAAAAUAUUAAUAUACGUCACCGGUAAUCAGGUCACUAGUGGGUACUUGAAUUUUUGUUUGUUUUUUUUCUUUUUGGCAUUUUUUUCUUCUUCUUUAGUAUUGAGAAUAUUUUUAUUUCCUUUUGGUUUUUCAUUU